AUGCCAACAAAAAUCAACGAAUGGUGCAAAUUUGGAGCAACAUGUAAACGACGUGAAACUUGUCGAUACUUACAUCCGAAUUAUGAAUACGAUAACAUGCUUAAUUAUUUUUCAAAUGAACCUGAUUAUAACAGUGCACAAUGGCCAAUCGGUUCUUAUGAUAAUUCUCAAUUUGAAUAUGAAAGUCAGCAAGCUUGUUUAAAAUUGUUACCUUGUUUUCCUCCAAUAGUACAUCACGAUAACUUUGAUCCGAACGGUCAACAAUUCUAUUUCUAUGAUAUUGGGUCUCAAUACUGUCAACAGCCUGGUGUCUUGUCCAUAUCGAGCAAGCCGUGGGAAAAACCAUAUACAAAUCGUAAAGAUAACAUACCUGAAAUAACCAAACAACAUCAAUCACUUCUCAUCGAACAACAAAGAUUGCUUGAAGAUAUGGAUGAUGAUGACGAUAUGAAACUUCAAACAGAAGGAAAUCUUCAAGAGUUAAAAGACCAGUUUGAAAUAUUCCAACAAACAAUAUUCAAUCUAUCCACUAUUAAUCCAUUGACGUUGGAAGACGCUAAUUAUCAUUUGAAUAGACUAAAACGAGAAAUUGAACGUUUUAAAGCUCGUUUACCUAUCUAUGCACGACGGCAACAAUUGAUUGACACAAUCAAAUCCAAUCGAGUAAUUAUUCUUAAGGCAGAUACGGGAUCGGGUAAAAGUAGUCAAUUAAUUCAAUAUCUCGCUGAUGCUGGAUUUGCCGAUUACGGGCAAAUUGUGUGUACUCAACCACGACGUUUGGCUGCACGUGAAUUGGCCUCGCGUGUCGCUAAAGAAUUCGGUUGUCAAGUGGGUGAAGAGGUUGGUUGUCAUGUGGGCGCUUGUCGUCCAAAAGUUUCAAGCCGGACACGAAUUCGUUUUGUUACUGAUGCCGUUUUAUUGAAUGAAUACCAAACGGAUCCAAUGUUAUAUGCUUACACUUUAGUUAUCAUUGAUGAAGCGCAUGAAAGACACGUUGAUACUGAUCUACUCUUUGGUGCCAUGAAAUUGUGCUUAAGCAGACGUUCCGAUAUUAAGUUAAUUGUUAUGUCAGCAACACUUGAUGAUAAACUAUUAAGUAAAUAUUACAAAGAUGCAUGUUUGAUCGAAGUUCCUGGCCGAGCAUUUCCUAUCAAAGAUAUUUAUGCUAUGGAAGAUGCUGAAAAUCAUGUUGACGAAGCAGUAAACAAAGUUUUGGAAAUUCAUACCAGUGGUAUUCCUGGUGACAUACUUGUUUUUCUUACUGGUCAGGAUGAGAUCAAUCAAGCUAUCGAUAAAGUUACGAGUAAAAUUGACUCUUCAGAAUCGGUUCUUGUUUUACCAUUACACGGUAAAUUAAAUGAAGAUGAAAUGCAAGCUGUAUUUAUGACAAAGAAUAGUAAAAAACAACGCAAGAUUAUCUUUUCGACCAAUGUGGCUGAAACAUCAAUAACUAUUGAUGGCAUUCAACAUGUCAUAGAUUCGGGGAUGGUCAAAGAAGUCAUGUGGGAUACUAGACGACGUAUACGAGUACUCAAAAUUGGCUAUACAACACAAAGUUCAAUAAAGCAACGACGUGGUAGAGCAGGACGAACGUCAGCAGGAACGUGUUAUCAUCUUUACACAUAUGAUACUUAUCAAUCACUGGAAGUUUGUUCUCGUGCAGAAAUUCUUUGUAUUCAACCGAGUAUAGCUGUACUGAAACUAAAACAUCUUGAUAUAGUCGAGGAUAUUACAAAGUUCGAUUGGUUAGAGUCACCUUCGAAUAAUAGUCUUCAAGAAACUGUUAAGAGUUUAACAUGGCUUGGUGCAAUCAAUUCAAAAACCGGCAAGUUGACUGGUCUAGGUCGUCGUAUGGCUAAACUCGGCCUAGAACCUAUGUUUUCAGUUAUGAUUUUGACGGGACAAAAGCUCAACUGUCUUAGUCAUGUGCUUGCUCUUGUCGGUAUGCUGAGCGUAGUGCAGAAUAUCUGGUGGCGUGGCGAAAAUGAUCAAUCAAAACACACGAGUGAUGAGAUACGAGCUUCAUUUGCUCGAGAUACAGGCAUAGGUGGUGAUUUCAUCGUUUUGUUACGUAUAUUUCUCGAAUGGCAUGCCAGUGGCGAAAGAAGAGAUCGUAGAAAAGCUUGGUGCCUUAAGCAUAUGAUACGAUGGAAGUCAAUGACGAUGGCGAACAGUCUCGUUAGAGAAUUAGUUUACCAAAUAGAUCCAAAAUUUCAAGUUCAUUUGACUGAAUUGAAUGAUGAACUGAUCAAGCAAAUCGUACACUGUAUAUGUGCUGGUUUUUUUCAAAAUUUGGCUAUUUCAAAUGGACCGAUUCGUGCUGGAUAUCAACUAGCUACUGGUACUACAGACACAGUUGCGCACAUACAUCGAUCAUCGGUAAUUACUUUUGCACAACAGCCGCCCAAAUUUAUACUCUAUCAUGAAAUAAUCAAUAUUAACGAGACAAAUUAUCUAACUGUAAUGUGUCCGGUCGAGCUCGAUUGGCUUGAUAAAUCAUGGUUGGAUUCGUUACCAUGCUCACCUUCACAGUGUGCAUUUGACAAUUAUACGUUCGUAAAUCUUGGCCCAGCAUUGUUACUUGCACUCGUUGGAAGAAAAUGUAAAAAAAUACCACAACUUGAAGAGCAAUUACAUGUCUUGUUUGAAGUUGAUCGUGCACAAUCGAAGCUUACCAUUUGGGGACAUCCAGAUAAACUUUCCAAUGCUCAACAAUGUCUUCAUCAGAUUUUGAAUAGAGAACGAGACAAACUACGCAAUGAAUUGCAAGACUUUCAAAUUAUUGGUUCGACUAGAAUCUUACUUGGAGCUGGUGCUGAACCUCGAUUAGCAUUGGUUGAAGAUGAAUAUAUCAAAAUUUUUCUCAAAAAUUUACCAAAAAAUAUUACUGAAGAACAAAUUCAGCAAAAAUGUGAAUUAUAUGGACAAGUUCGAAAUGUGACCACAAUUCGAACAAACUAUAAUAACAGUUCGGCUUCUGUUACCUAUGCCACCUGCAAUGACGCUCGACUCGCGGCUACUCAAUUAUCAUGUGAAAAAUGGGAUGACUAUCAAAUAUAUGCAACUCCUAGUUAUACACGUACAUCAGUCAAUACUAACAGGCAGAAUUACAAGUUGAAAGCUCAAUGGUUUAUGACUGAAUCUGAAUGUAAUGGGCGCGUAGUAUUUAAUAAACGCCAAAGAGCACAACAAGCUUAUGAACUGUUCACAAAUCGAUGCCAUUUUCGCUGUCAAUUUGAAAUAAAUCCCAUCAAUCCAAUGGUUAAAUGUUCUUGGCCAUUGAAACCCUAUCAUGGUCAUGCAAUUGUCAAUUUUCCCACAGUUGAACAAGCUCAAGAGGCACUAGAAGCUCAAUAUCAACAUCCAUUUCGCUUACAACGAAGUCGAAGAUCAAAUGAUUCGAUAUAUGUUCGAAACAUUCCUUCCAAUCUAGAUGAAGUCGAUUUGAGAACAAUUUUCACUGCUUGUACUCAUGUGAUAAUGCUAAGAUCUCGCACCAAUAUGUUAAGGAUGGCACCGAUUGGGACCGAAGAUACUGUUUAUCAGUUGUUCGAAAAGUAUCCAUCGUUUCAACGUGAAUCAGUUUUUAUUGAACCAUAUCAAUAUGAUGGUCGUGUGGUAGCCUAUGUCCAAUUUACUGAUGAACAAGAAAUGCGAGCAGCUGUUGAUGAUAUUAAUAAAAUACAGCCUUUAAUCGGUGCUGGUAUAUUAAGAUUAUCAGUUCAAGAACAACGACAGAUAAACUUACGAAAAAAAACAAAUGAAAACAAACAAGAUGAAUUUCGUGUCAAACUCUAUCAAUUACCAUCUCAUAUCGAUGAAAGAUCACUCAUUCGAGAACUCAAUCAGUAUAAUAUAAACGAUUCUAUUACUUAUACAAUUGUGUUUCGUAAGAAAUUAUCAGCAGAUUAUUUCUUGGAUAGAUCUAAAAUCAUGACUGAAGACAACAGGAAAGCUUUCAUCAACCUCAAAUCGCUUUUUACCUCUCGCCAUCUUUUUCUAUCUGAGCCAAAUAUUGAAAUUCGUUCACCGACUGAAGAUGGUCGUGCUGUUGCAUACAUUCAUUUCAAUGAUCCUCGAGAUAUUAUGACGGCUAUUAACAUGUGCGAUUCAUUAGAUAAUUCUACUAUGAGCAAUAUUGGGUUAAAUAAACUUCAUUUUGUUCCAAUCAUCGUUCAUAAAAUUAUAGUUAAUCAAGCACUUGCACAAGCCAUCAAUAACAAAAUUGAACAAACUAUGAAUACUAUCCAAACCAGUUCUAAUUUUACUAAUAUAAUGGUAUUCAAAAAGAUUGUUACGAAGGAUGACAAAACCAAUGUUCUUAUUUCAAUUCGAGGAACAAAUAUUCAACAGCUUUACAAAGCACGUAUACUUUUCGACAAUUUAUUGAAAGGUCUAGAAUUUCAACUUUACAAUCAUUCAUGGGUUACGGUACUUUUCGAUGCAGCAGGAUUAUACUUUCUUCAAGAUCUUCAAAAACGUACUGGUACAUAUAUUUGGUGGAAUUGGAAGUCAACAUUGUUGCGUAUCUUUGGUGAAGAUUCAGCAUGUCAAGAUGCUCAUAGACAGAUAGAUACUUUCAUUCAAACGACACUUUCACAACGUGAACAUUCUAUUUCGAUUCCGAUUCCAAAAGAUUGUAUCCGACAAUGUAUUCAAAACUCGAGUGUACUCCGUGAAUUGGAUACUAAGAAAACAAAAAUUGUGAUCAAUAUGAUCAAAUGUUUAAUUUCAGUGAGCGGCGAUCGAGAGGCAGUGAUUGAAUGUGAACAAAAAGUAAAACAAUUCCUUGACAAAUUUACAUGUAUGUCCAAUCAUUCGAAUGGUGUUACGCCCGAAAAUAUUAUAAUCAACAUGAAGAAUAUAUGUUCCAUAUGUAAUUGUGAUUUCGAUUCGCCAUAUACAUUGGAACAAUGUGGACAUACAUUCUGUCGUUCAUGUUUGAGUGCUUAUUUCGAUGCAUACUUUGAUGUGACUUUGAGUUUUGAGGCUUUUAAAUUAUCGUGUCCAUUUUAUCAAUGUAAUGAAAUUUGUCUCAUACGUGAUAUUGUUUCUGUAAUUGGCUUCGAACGAAUGGCUCGUCUAGCAAUGAUUGCCUUUCAAGUUUAUAUUCGUCGGCCUGAUAAUGAUUUAGUCCAAUGUAUGGGAAUUGAUUGUAACCAGGUAUAUCGUCCAUCAAAAUAUUUGUCAAUGUAUUUCUGCGAUCAAUGUAUCAAAUUCUAUUGCGUACCGUGCAAAGUUGAAUAUCAUAUUGGAAUGACAUGCGAACAAUAUAAAAAAUUACAUGAAGAAAAAGAUGAAGAUGCCAUUUUGGAAUACAAUCUAGGUAAACUAUCUCACAAGCCUUGUCCUAAAUGUCGAACACCGAUUGACAAAUAUGCUGGAUGCAAUGCUGUAAGAUGUACAUUAUGUAAUAUUCAGUUUUGUUGGCGAUGCAGUGCAACCGAUGACGUUGAUAUUCAUAAGCAUUUCUUGGAUCCUAAUUCGUCAUGUUACAACAAAAUGUUGGAUGAAGAUGUAGCAGCGCUAGAAUUUUAG